AUGCCACACGUUCGCAAAGACUCCGGUUAUGCUGGGCCCGAACGUGUCACCAAGGGACUAGCAAUCAGUGACAGCCUCGCUGCCUUGUGCCAGUCCGGAGAGAGCGUAUCGGAUCUGCUCGCCGAGGACCCUAGUCUGACCCCGGGCGAGGCAUGGAAAAUAUUGCUUGCGAAGAGCAAGUCCAGCCACAUUCCGCAGACGCAGCAGGCAUCUCAUGCUUCUGCCGCAACACAUGACAAGGCCAGCGAUAACGAGGAGAGAUUGUCACAGGAUCAGCUCGACGUGGCAUUCAAAUGUGGUCAAUGGGGUGAGACUAGGCCAAGUGAUCUCUUCUUGAGGAUGUACCACGACGCACUGUGUUCUCUGAACCAUGAUCCUGCAGCAGGCAUGGCGAGCCCAUCGCUUCUGGGCACCAGCGGCACGGUGCCUCUCGUCGUAGUCUCGGUCAUCCCAGAUAUCGUUAGACACAUGUCGAACCUGAUCGUGCGGGCCGAGAAGGAAGUCAUUUUGGCCACGAAUUUCUGGCAAGCGAGUACGGCCUCUCGAUUCAUCACAGACGCGAUCAGAGAGGCUUCCCGCAGAGCAGGUCAGCGCGGCACGAGGCUGACCAUGAAGAUCAUUUAUGACCGCGGCAGCCCCAAACAGCUGCUCGACUCGCAUUAUGUUGUCCAGGAAAAGGAGUAUACAGGCAAAGCCGUCGACUUGCCUGCGGCGCACGAGAUCCCCCAUGUCGACCUCGAAAUCCGCAAUAUACAUCUGAUCCCGCUGGGCACGUUCCAUUCGAAGUUCAUGGUCGUGGACCGGAAGAUUGGCAUCGUGCAGAGUAACAAUAUCCAGGACAACGACAAUCUCGAGAUGAUGGUCCAUGUCGAGGGUCCUAUCGUGGACGGCUUGUAUGACAUGGCUCUGCUCUCGUGGCACAAGAAGCUGAGCCCGACAUUGCCCAUGCUGAGCGCCGGAUCGUGCCAGGCGGCACUCUCGACACCCAAUGGCCUGGCAGCCGAACCCAGUCCUGAUGAAUUCAGGCAUGCUGGUCCAUUAAGAUUUCCGAAGCGGGAAGCGCCAUAUGGGAUCGGCGCCGACAAUAUCGCAGAAAUAUCAUCUUCCACUGGCGCAACAACAACGCCAGCAAACUCAAGAAACGCAUCCUCUCACCAGCAGGGAUUGCAGCAGCAUCCCGAUGCAGAUAAUCUCGCCGUGGCACAGCUGCAAAUCACGACUCCCGGUGCCAGAGAUGCCACUCGCCUAGCCGAGCACACCCAUGAGGAUCCGCACUAUGACGACGAUAUCGCGGGAGAGGUAGCUCGGGUACAAGCCGCCGUAAGUGCAAAGCCCGGAGAGAGCCAGCUGGAGGCCGUGACGCGGCAUCUGAACCACACGGUAAAUAAAGGCUUCAAGGGCACUCCUCCUCCAACUUCGGGCGCCACGACUGGCAACCAUGGCAACACGGACAGCAUUGACGAUGAUGGCGCAAUGACACCAUAUAUAUUGCACCCUGCUUCACAGCCCUUCCCGAUUGCCCUGGUGAACCGGGCACCCUACGGCCCGCCGAACCACGACUCGGUGUCGAACCCACAGAAUGCAGCUUGGCUAUCUGCGCUGCGCAAUGCGAAGAAGAACGUCUUCAUCCAGAGCCCCACACUCAACGCGGAACCUCUAGUGCCCGCAAUUAUUGAGGCGUGCGAGAGGGGCAUCGACGUGUAUGCUUACAUUUGCUUGGGGUAUAAUGAUGCUGGCGAGCUCCUCCCCAUGCAAGGAGGACACAACGAGAUGGUGGCCGCACAUCUGUAUGGGCGUUUGUCCACGCCCGAGGCGCGCAAGCGACUGCACUACCACUGGUACACGGCCAAGGACCAGGUCGCGCCGAUCCCCGCGGAAAAGAAGAAGCGCUCGUGCCACAUCAAGCUCAUGAUUGUGGACGAGUCGAUUGCCAUUGUCGGCUCGGGCAACCAGGACACGCAGAGCUGGUAUCACAGCCAGGAGGUCAACAUCAUGCUCGAGAGCGAGUCUGUGUGCGCGGCAUGGAUCGACGGGCUGAGACGGAACCAGAACACGCAUAGGUAUGGCGCGCUGAGCCAGGAGGACGGCAUAUGGAGGGACGCCGAGGGCAAGCAGGCUGACGGCGUGAUGGGGGUCGACCCGGGCAAGUUCAGUUGGUUGAAGGGCUUCACGGGGGCGAUCAAGCGAGUGCAAGGGACUGGUGGGUUCUGA